UCGAGUGUAAACAAGAGCUUGGCAAAAGAAAAGUCUAGAACUAACCGAUGUGAUAUCGCUUUAUAUUUAGAAAUCUUAAUCGGAUCAUACAAAAUACCUAUACUUUCAUUGUAACGUUAUGAACGGCGUUAUCUUUGGCCAGGACCGAUGCUCUAGGACUGGUUCUACACAGAGACAAUCCCUAAGGAGAAACAAGAGAGGUAACGCAACUAGCGUGAAGGCUAGCCUGUUGGCCAUUUAGCUAGCCGUCCGCACCCGAGGCCUUCAAAGCUGGAAGCUUCUGCAUGCCCAGAGCUUCCACAGACUGGACCGCGGGGUGGAUUCCCUGACCCUGUCGAGGCGGUUAACAGCACCACCAUGGCCCCUAUGGAAGCAGGAGCAAAGGACUGUGAAGAGGAGACACUACAGACAGCUUUUAAAAAGCUCAGAGUGGAUGCUGAAAGCUCUGUAGGCACAGCGCAUGUUUGUGAAACCUUGGCGUCAAGAGCACCUUCUAGAGCCAAUGCUGAGGGAGCUAAGGCCAAGCUCACAUGUCCAAAAGAGAACUGGCAUGGGGGUGUGCGGAAAUCGGCCAGAGGAGCAGUGAGGAGUCAAAGGAGAAGGAGGUCAAAGUCUCCCAUCCUUCACCCGCCUAAAUUCACCUACUGCGGCUCUAAAUUGUCUCCCAUCCCAGGGCACCUCAAGCACAAGAGCCCCUCGGAGACUGAGGACCCUGGCUCCUCCGUCGGCGUCCCAGCAAAGAAGGAGCUGCUCUCCUCAGGUCCCUGCUCUCCUGUGUUUGGGGCAGCCGGCUACGACACCCAUCUCUCCACACCUCUGGAGGUGCAGGUCUCCUGUCAGAUGAGCCCCAGACCCCCCUCUGAUGAUGAAAGCGGCUCGGAAAGUGGUCCCUGUUUGGGCAGAGAGCUCAGCCCCCUGGGGGCGGAUGGCAGCAGGGCAAAGAAUGGAGCUAACGCCCCCUCUGAUUUCCAGUCUCUGUGUAAGCUCCAGGAGGGCAGAACGUGUGCGUGCAGGCAGUCGGCGUGCCAGUGUCCUGGCUGGCAGGACGUGGAGGUGUACUCCUUCACAGGCCUGCGCGACGUCAUCUCUGAGUGUGAGAGGAAACUGCCUUGUCCUCAGGACCCCUCUCAGAGUUCCCUACAGCACAGAACUCAGAGCGGAACCGGAACUCCUGGUGGAACCUCAGGCUCUCCGCGUUCUUGUUCAGAACAGGCCCGAGCUUAUGUCGAUGACAUCACAAUAGAGGACCUUUCUGGCUACAUGGAAUAUUACCUUUAUAUUCCAAAGAAGAUGUCACACAUGGCAGAGAUGAUGUACACCUAAAUAAGAGAUUUUGAUGGUUUAUAGAAAAGACAUGCUUAUGGAUGCUAAAAAUAAAGAAAGAUUGAUUGAUUUAAAGAAAAAAUGAUUAGGCAUGAAUAAUUUAAUAACCUGUUUUAGAAGAGUUGUUCCAUUUUCCCCAUUCUUGCCAUGUUCGAUCUCCCAUGGCCACAGCUGUUGAUGAAACACAUGGAAAAUCUAUCCUCGCUCACAUUUUACGUGUUCCUUAUUUCCUUCUCUUUUUUGUUUGUGUUUUGUUUAUGAUGAUUGUCCCUCUUUUGGUUUACAUUCAGUGUUGCCAAAGCUUUAUUGAAGACACAGCGGCUUUGAUCUAUUGGUAAAUACAGAUUUGUAAUGCCAAGGAUAAUUAUGUUUUCCAUUGGCCAUGGAUGUCUGUUGGUUUUGGAGAUUCCGAAGUGUAUCUCAAUAAAACUUU